ACUCGCGGAUUCCGCAGUUACAGAUUAGAUGAGUUGUGGAUUAGAUUUAUAGAUACUGUGAGAGAAGUGUACGAAAUUUGAUCAUUUCUUAAUGUAUUAUGCAUGUAUUUGACUUUAUUUAAGUAAGAAAAUAUUUGAUUCCGUGUUUAAUCUAAAAAAGUAUAUAGAAGUUGCACGUCCUAUUGCACAUAUAAUAUUUAUUACUUUAGAUGUGUUUUGUACAAAGGUACAUUUUUUUCCAGUUUUUCAUUCAAAAUAGUACCCGUUGCACCUCAGGAGUGAACAACUGAAAAAGCAUCAGAGUAUGUGUGACUUAUCAGCCGAGUCAUCGACGCAUCGCGCCCCUAGAAACAUACCGAGGCUUGUGAGCUUUUUAAAAUUACGACAGAUUCGAACUUGUGUACCGGCGAGUUCGGUCGUAAGCAUUUUUACGUGGUUUUGAAAAAUCUUCAAGAAGUACCUCGAGUUUAAGCAGGAUCUGAAAAAAUCUGAAAAAAUUAUUUUAUUUCUUCGUUUUUUAAAGUUCGCAAAUGGUCCAAAUAAUUCCUUUUUAUUAUAUUGAAAUCAAAUUUUCAUUUUUCGAAAAAUUCGAGUCCUGGUUGAGGCAAAUUUUUCCCUGUCCAACACAAAAUUCGAAAAUACCAUCUUCAGAUGUUUCUAUUUAGUGUAACAUCAACCAUUUCAAUCGGUAUUCUAUCUCUUAUAAGAAGAGCGGAGAUAUCGCAUUCGGAGAUCGCGAUUUGAUACACGAGGAAAGAAAUUUUCUCAUCGUUGCCUCAUUGAAUUUCGUAUAAAAGCUAUAUUCUUGAAAAUCACUUUUAACUUGCGGAAGUUUUCCCUUUUAUUAUUUUUGCUUCGUUUCUCGUAAAUUCUCAAACGAUGAUUUUAUGAACUUUCAGUCAUUGCUUUACCUCUCGUACAAGUAGACCAAAAGUAAAAAUCUACACAAACGAAUCGCUUACGAGGGAGUACGCUUCGUGUCAAAAUCACAAAACUCUUUACUAUGCCACUCUUAUUUGUUGUUUUUUCUUCAAAAAUUCGCUGCUAAAUUAAUCAUCUGAAUUACUAGAUUGAGUAUAAGCGCAUGCGUUUCUGUAACUGUUUUUUACUCAUAAAAAAGCACAACUGCGGCGCUGUGCAUAGCGGUAUUUACGAUACCCCCACUUAAGAACAUCGUUAACAUGAAAGCCGCACUAAGAUCGUGGCAUAUGAAUCAGUGAGUAAUUAUAUUUUGUAGCAACGGUUUACUUAUAUCACGUGUUACAUAGCUGCGAGCUUGACAUUUUCAAAGGUCUUUUUGUCUUUUCAGGAAUAAUUUAAGUUACAGCUGCACAUCAUGGCUUCAAAAGAUGCACUAUUCAAACCAGUCACCCAUUGUAUAUUUGACAUGGAUGGGCUACUCUUGAAUACGGAGGCCUUGUAUUUGAAAGUAUUCAACGAUAUUCUUGAGCCGUAUGGCAAGCGAUUUACUUGGGCCCACAAGGCCGAGACUAUGGGUUUUCAAAGUGCUCAAAUUGUGCAUUACUUGGUCGAAAAAUUUGAAUUGCCCAUGAGCGACGAUCAGAUGCAUCAACUGCUGCAGCAAAAAUACUCAGAGACAUUUCCCACCGCUCAAUUAUUGCCAGGUGUCGAAAGACUGUUGCGUCAUUUGAAGGCACAUCGGAUUCCCAUAGCACUGGGCACCAGCUCUAGCGUCGAAAGCUACAAUCUCAAAACGUCACAUCUUGGAGAAUUUUUCGAUCUGUUCGAUCACAAAGUCAUGGGCUCGAGCGAUCCAGAAGUGAAGCGGGGAAAACCGCAGCCGGACAUUUUUUACGUCGUCGCUCGACGUUUUCCCGAUAACCCGGAACCAUCCAAGUGUUUGGUAUUCGAAGACUCGCCGAACGGAGUCGAGGCUGGAUUAAAUGCUGGUAUGCAAACAGUCAUGGUACCUGAUCCAGAAUUGCCCAGAAAUUUAACUGGUAGAGCUACUCUGGUCAUCGAUACUUUGGAAAACUUCAAACCCGAGCUUUUCGGAUUACCGAAAUUUCAGUGAACGAAUUCGUUCUGGUUUUCCUCGCAUGCAGCCUCAAGUCAAAAUUAAUUGAGCAUUUUUAGUGAAAAAUUAUAAAUUUAGCAAAUGCUAUACGUUGAAAGAAUUUUUAUUACUUAAUAGCCUUACUUUUGUACUUGUAAAAAACUUUGCGAAAAAAUUUCGAUUAGAGAAUAGAUUAGCCGUCAAAAACAGUACCCAAUUACAUGAAAAAAAAGUCGUUGAAAAAUUUUUAACGUAAAUCUUCUUAAAAUAGGUAAGUUUAUUAAGAAAAAAACAAAUGACUAAUGGAGGUUUCUUGAUCAUUCAUAAGUUUUCUAAUAAUUUUUUUCCAUUAAUUACUAAUCUUACCAUCGAAAGGAUGCUCGAAUGAAUUUUUGAAUAAAAUGAUAAACAAGUGAAAUGAAAAAAAACCGCAAAAUAUUAAAUCGUAUCCAAAAUUGGCUGUGCAAAAACGUCGUCACUUUACGUCAAGCAAACUGGGGUGCUUGACGUCAUUGUCAAUGCAUUAUACAAUACAAC